AUUACCGCGGAUUACAAGCGAACCGCACGGGACAAUUGCUCUAUCCCCACUGUGCGAUAAAGCUGACCCCCGAUCUCCACGAAUUUUAAAGAAGAAUCUUGUUCCAAGUAGUGCUGGAGGCAGUGUCCGUUAACACAAACAUUUGCGCUCGUAGAGGAGGCUACAAACUCAUAUGGAGCCUUACAGGAGUUCGGCGUGCUCGAUGAGAGCAUUAUAUUGUGUAUCUUUCUAGAGUUUGCAAUUAAGGAUACACGGAUGGACCUUUUGUCACCGACAAAAUGACUUGGACUCUCCUAAUCGUUUACUUUCUCACAUUAAUUAUAUGUGGCAGCUGUGCAGACUCAGAAGAACGCCUGAUGAACUGGCUGCUGGGAAAGGAUCGUUACAACAAGCUGAUCCGGCCGGCCAUAAACAGAACGGAGCGUGUGACUGUUAAACUUCAGGUGUCUCUGGCCCAACUCAUCAGUGUGAAUGAAAGAGAACAGAUUAUGACCACCAAUGUCUGGCUCACGCAGCACUGGGUAGACUACAGACUGUCAUGGGAUCCUUCUGAUUAUGAAGGCAUCGAUAAGCUACGUAUUCCCUCCAGACACAUCUGGCUUCCUGAUAUUGUGCUGUAUAACAAUGCUGAUGGCACCUAUGAGGUGACAGUGUUCACCAAUGCCAUUGUUCAAUUCAACGGCAGCAUCUUCUGGCUCCCUCCAGCUAUCUAUAAGAGUGCCUGCAAGAUCGAAGUGAAGCACUUCCCCUUCGACCAGCAGAAUUGCACCCUCAAGUUCCGCUCGUGGACCUACGACCACACGGAGAUCGACCUGGUCCUGAAGUCGGAGGUGGCCAGCAUGGAUGACUUCACGCCCAGCGGUGAGUGGGACAUCCUUGCCCUUCCGGGUCGACGGACCGUCAACCCCCUGGACGCCACCUACGUGGACCUCACCUAUGACUUCAUCAUUAAGAGGAAACCCUUGUUCUACACCAUAAACCUCAUCAUCCCCUGUGUCCUCAUCACCUCCCUGGCUAUACUGGUGUUUUACCUGCCCUCUGACUGUGGAGAGAAGAUCACCCUGUGUAUCUCCGUCCUCCUGGCACUCACUGUGUUCCUGCUCCUGAUCUCCAAGAUAGUCCCGCCCACCUCGCUGGAUGUGCCCCUGAUAGGCAAGUACCUGAUGUUCACUAUGGUACUGGUGACCUUCUCCAUCAUCACCAGUGUGUGCGUGCUCAACGUGCACCAUCGCUCCCCCAGCACCCACACCAUGCCCACCUGGGUCAAGCUGGUGUUCCUGGUCAAGCUGCCCGCCUUGCUCUUCAUGAGGCGCCCCCAGAAUAACUCGGCUCGCCAGAAGCUGCGGCUGCAGAGGCAGCUCAGGUCCCGCAGGUCCAUGCUUGGUCUGGGUUACCCCGUCCCCUGUAAGACAGCCCCAGUCUUGUCCUCCUCCUCGGUCCUCCUCUCCACCGCUUCCGCCUUCUCCUCCCCCGGACACUUUAACAACAAGAAUGCAGGCCCACCAGGGUUCAGCCAUUCCUCCAGGAAGGGGGAUGUCCGUUCCACAGAGUACCUGCCCAACAGUACCUUCCCUCCCAGCCAGGACCUCCGUCUAAGAGGCGGUUCCGACUGGGGGGCCGAGAUGCAGGAGGCCGUGGAUGGGGUCCGCUUUGUGGCUGAUCACAUGAUGGGGGACGAUGAUGACCAGAGUGUGAUUGAGGACUGGAAGUACGUGGCCAUGGUGGUUGAUCGAAUGUUUCUGUGGAUAUUUAUCAUCGUGUGCGUCGUGGGCACCCUGGGACUCUUCCUUCAGCCUCUCUUUCAGCACCAGAUCGUCCCCAUCCAGCAUGCUCACGCAGAGACCCCCCGCAUCUGAGCCCACAUGAGGGGUGGGAGGGUCAGGGGGUUUGAUCUAGUGGUUUACAGAAAUACAAGCAACUGUAGCUGUGGUUACAUUGAAGGACAUGUACAGUACUUCCAAAAUGACAUACAUGCCUUAUGAGAAGCUAAUUUGGUCUCUGUAAAGUUUAAGACAUAAUGGACAAUUCGUUUAACAGGACUGAUGCAGGCAAGACUCAUGUUGUACUUGAGGAAAAGUAAACCGAAUAAUGGCGGUUAUCACAUUAUUGUGUUGAAUGGCAUUACCAAGUUGUUCAACUCAAAG